AUGCUGCUCCCGAAGUUCGAGAAGAUCAGCAAGACGGACGAUAUGAAGCAGCAGUACGAGCUGGUGGGGGAGCUGAGGCAGCUUCAGAUCCAGGAGAAAUCCUCACAUUUCUCACUGACUCUGGUUCUCGUGCCGACUGAAGGAUGUGUUACGUCAUCGUCUCAGAUGACAGCCUCCAAGCGGGUUAUACAGAUUGUGGAGGCAUGCGCACGCGGUGGCGAAGCAGCUCUCCCUGCAAAGUGA